GCUUGAUGGGCCCCAAGCCGACACCGACGCCGCCAAACAAGGGCCCAAAACCUUCGCCCCCCAACAAAGGGACGCCAGCAACCACCUCGUCCAAAGGAAAGCAACUUGCUUCGACGUCGUCGCCAUCGCCUUCCCUUCCUAAAAUUUCGUCGCCCAAGAGUCCGUCGAAGCAAUCAACUCCGACAGGUGGCGCCCAUGCAAAGGCCUUCAGUGCCGACAAGAUGCCGAGCAUCGAUGCUCGACCCCCCUCCGUUCAGCGCACCAACGAUUCCGCUGUCGACACCCCUGCUGACGGCGAGGCUGCCAAUGCGGCCAUCGCAACUCUGGAUGGACCCAUCGAUGUCCCCUUCAUAACAACGGACGAAUUUUCAACUCCUGCGAACACAGCAGCGCAGGGAGAAAGGAACGUCGCGGCACAGGAGGAAGAGCGACUUCGUGCAGAGGCGGCGGAGUUGGCAAAGCGGCAAAAUGGCCACGUCGUCCUCAAGUACGAAAUGUACAGCGAACAGUUUGAAAUUGCCAACGGAAGCACGACUGCCACGGUCGUCGACGAAGCGUAUUGCUUGAGCUUUGUCAUGCCCCAUUGUCGCAUCCACCUAUCCGAAUGGGACCCGCCGACAAAGGUCGCGAAAGAGAGUCAAUCAGCCACAAACAGCGUGUACGUGCUCGAAGAUCCAGCCGGAACGUUCCAUGGUCUGGAGUCGGGCAAGACUUACUACGUAUACAUCGAGCAAGAAGCGGAGCAGCUCGCGCAAGACCAAGCGAAGAUGCGCGCGAUUGCUGCCACGAUGGACGGCGCGCAGCCGUCCAAGGCCGACAAGAAAGAUGACGGCAGGGGCUUUGAAAGCUGCAGCUGCAUUGAAGGCAACCCUUGUGUCGACGAGUACGGAUGCAAAGACUGGCACAAUCGCUAUGCAAUCGCCAUGAAAAAUGGAUGGAAAGGGUUUUAACUACACUGAGGGCGACUGUGGCGGUGAUUGACAGCCUUCAUGCUCGUGAUGAUGGUUGUGUGUGUAUG